AUGCUCCAAACCCCAAGCUCUUCUAAGACAGCGGCUUCAGCAUCUUCCUCCACAUACCAACAGAAGCAGCAGCAGGGCGCACGUACACAGAACCCACCAACACCUCUAGACUCGCUUUUGAGUGCGGCAAGGUCAAUGAUGGAUAAUGAGGAAGAUGAGGAAGAAACUGUCACUGGCACAAGGCGAUCGCGGUCCAGCGACAUCCCUGACAGUCCCGUACCAAAACGCAGGAAAAUAGCCCCU